GGAGUCAAAUGCAACACAAGUAAGAUUAAAUAAUUAUUCAAUCCGUUAGGUAUUGUGAUGGAUUUCAGUUGAUGACAAUUAUCGCAAUGGUGACAUUCGUCUGGUGGGAGGACCUCACAACUGGGAGGGUAGAGUGGAGAUAUUCUGGAAUGGAACAUGGGGAACCAUCAGUGAUGCUGACUGGGGUAUGUCAGAAGCUCAGGUUGUGUGUAAACAACUUCAAUUACCUUCGGAAGGUGCAGUUCCUUACAGGUGCUGUAGCCAGUAUGGCCAAGGAGUUGGUGCAGUCCAUAUAACCUCCAUCAACUGCUCUGGAUCAGAGCUCAACAUCACUCAAUGCUUCUUUUCUAAAGUCCCCCCAGCAACUCAUCAAAGCGAUGUGGGGGUCAGAUGUGGAGAAGGUUCUGAUUUUAAAAGUGGAGAUAUUCGUCUGGUGGGAGGACCGCUCAGCUGGGAGGGGAGAGUUGAGAUUUAUCUGGAUGGAGAAUGGGGAACUAUUAGCAAUGAUCAAGCUGAGGAUGAGGAUGCUCAUGUAGCUUGUCGACAACUUGGUUAUGACAUUCGAUAUCAAUACUUUGAUAAAUCCUAUGGGUAUGAUACAUAUUUUGGAGAAGGUAGUGGAGCAGUGCAUCUUAAUCGCUUGGAAUGCUCUGGAAAUGAAUACAGACUAGUGGAUUGUGGCAGUUCUCGUACUGGGCGAGACCACAGAUAUGAUUGGAGCAUUUCCUGCAAGAACGAUGCUCCAGAACAAGGAGAAGUGUUAUUGAUUGACUACGACAUUAACGACUACCAAGGUCUACUUCUUGUAUGGUUUAAUAGUCAGUGGGGAACCGUUUCUGACGAUUCAUGGACAAUUGAAGAUACUAAUGCCGUUUGUCACCAACUGGGAAGAAGUGGAAUUUCACCAUAUUCCUACAAUGAUUACUAUGGAUUAGAGGGGUUUCCUGUCGUCAUCAGCAAUGUCAGUUGUGAGGGAAAUGAGGUGAAACUGAUUGACUGUCCCUACACCACUGGAGGUAGCGGGUCUGCUGUGAGCCUCGAAUGCUCUUAUUCAGGUAAUAAUACUAGAAGAAUGUUGAACAUUGUUGGCGAGCGGGAGCGACCCAAC